AUGACUUCAUUUUUCUAUUCUAAUCUUUCGAAAGACUUUUCCUUAAUCUUAAGCGAUGCUGAUGAUUAUAAUGUUAUUAUUAAAGUUGGAGAAAAUGAAAAUACAAAAGAAUUUCAUGCGCAUUCAGUAAUUUUGCGUGCUCGUUCUCCUUAUUUUAAAGGUGCUCUUUCAUCCACUUGGAUUACAAAGAAAAAUGAUACGAUCAUCUUUAAUAAGCCAAAUAUUACUCCAAAUAUUUUUGACAUGAUUUUAAGAUAUAUUUACACAGGUGAACUGGAUUUGAUAGAACAACCGGGUGAAGAUAUUCUUAAACUUUUAAUCGCAUCUGAUGAGCUACUCCUUGAAGAAUUAGUUGAAUAUUUACGAAAUUAUUUGAUUGAAUAUCAACGAAAUUGGGUUCAAAAAAAUCUUGUUCUUGUUCUUAAUACUGCAUGUAAACUUACAAGUUGUAUGAUUUUACAAGAUUAUUGUUUUGAAAUAAUUUGCCUUAACUCAGAGCUAUUGAUUACUUCAGAUAAUUUUCUCUCAUUAGACAAACAUAUUUUUUAUGACCUACUUGAACGAGAAAACCUAUUGAUUAAAGAAAUCGUUGCUUGGGAUCAUUUAAUUAGAUGGGGUAUUGAACAAACUCCUGGUUUAGAAAGCGAAAAUAGUGACAGAAACAAAUGGAAUAAAGGGGACUAUGAAGCAUUAUAUGAAACGUUGUAUCAAUUUAUUCCUCUCAUUCGAUUUGUGGAUAUUACUUUUGAUGAUUAUAACAAUAAAAUCAAACCAUACAAAGAUAUCAUUCCUAAACAAAUUUAUGAAGAGAUUAAAGAAUUUUAUAAUAAAGGCACCUAUCCAAAACUAACAACAUUACCACCUAGAAUAGGAAAAUUUGAUUCAAAGAUUAUCAAACCAAAACUCGCAAAAAUAAUUCUUAAAUGGAUUAAUAAAGAAGAUUUCUGGAUUUCACGUUAUGACUUCAAUCUUAUUUAUCGUGGUAGUAUUGAUGGUAUUAGUACUGAAUCAUUUAAAAAUAAAUGUAAAGGUCAAGUAGAAAGUUUGGUUUUAAUUAAAGUUAAACAAACAAAUAAAAUCUUUGGAGGGUACAGUUCUAUUGGGUUUAACAAAAUUGGGGAUAGUCUUUUACGUAUUGAUUAUAAUAAUCUACCAUUUUAUUAUUCAUCAGAUAACUUUAUUUUUUCAUUUGAAAACGAUGAAGAUACUCAAAAUAUGAAAAUAAGUCGUGUGAUAAAUUAUGAUAAAGCUAUUUACGAUUAUCAUGGCACUGGAUUUGAUUUUGGCUUUAAUUCAUUGUAUAUAAACGAUUAUCAAUGGUUAAAAGCUCACAAUAGUGACCGUAAUUACGAAAAUAAUUUAAAUACAAAUGAAGUUUAUAAUAUUGAAGAAAUUGAGACCUUCGUUAUAAUAAAACAUUAGUUUUAUUGAUAUAUUUUAGUGAGAUCAUAAUUAAAUUAAUACUGUUUAUUUAUUAGUUAGAUUUACAAUAAAUUCAUUUGUGUAUUUAAGC